GGGGCGUACCGGCUGAGUGAUGCGGGGCUGAGCAAGGCCCUCUCUGCCGCCCCCUCCCUGCAGCGGCUGGCGGUGCCUCAGGGCUCCCGGCUGAGUGGGGCGGGGCUGGCACAGCUGCCGCUGCUGGUGCCGCGGCUAAGCCACCUGGACCUGUCUGACUGCCGGGGGCUGGGUGCCGACUCGCUGCGUGAGGUGCUGCCGCGGCUGCCCGGACUGAGGGCUGUCAAGCUGGACCUCAUACCCGAGGUGGAUGACUCGGUGCUAGUUGCGGUGGGGUCGCUACCGGAGCUAAGGGAGCUCAGCAUCCGCUGCUGCCAGGCGGUCACAGACGAGGGGCUGGCGGCCCUCGCGGCGACCCGUGGGUCGGUUCUGGAGCUGUUGCGGCUGGACGAGUGCGGCGGCCGGGUGACGGACCGGGGGCUGGGGGUGCUGGCGGAGCACUGCAAGGCGCUCAGGGUCUUCUCCGCUCGUCGCUGCCCCCGUCUGGGUGACGCGGCGCUGGCGGAGCUGCUGCGGCACGGCACCGUACGGCACCUCAGCCUGAGCGGGGUGCCGGGGGUGGGUGCGGCGGUGGCGGGGGCGCUGGCGGGCUGCUGCCGGGACUGCCUGGAGCACCUGGACGUGUCGUUCUGCAGGAAGCUGCCCGACGGCUCGCUGGGUCUGCUGCUGGACCGCUGCUGCCGGCUGCGGCGGCUGGUGGUGUACGGCUGCAGCCAGCUGAGCGGGCGGUCGCUGUACGGCCACCUGAACAGCGGGCUGGUGGUGGAGGGGGUGCACACCAAGGUGGACCUGGAC